AUGACAAAAUAUUUAAUUUUAGUUUUACUUAGUCUGUGUGCUUUGAUUUAUUCCUAAGGCACUGAUCCAAGUUGCUAACCUAAUGGAAUUAAGCUAAGCUUAGGAGAUAAUUUUGAUCUUUCCACUUAAUACGACAAAGAAAAACUUCUAAAAGCUACCCGCCACGACUAUACUAUUACUUACUUUACUAAAGCUAAUUGUCCCAAAAACUAUUGCGAAGUUUAUACAAGCUUGGAUUUAAAAGUUAAAUUAACCUUGAAUCCUGUCUAAAUCAAGAGAUUCUUUUAACCUAAGGACACUACUGGAAUUGCUAAAACAGAGACAAGAACUGAAGAUUUUGAAAUGUACAUAUAUGAAUAUUAGCUUGAUGCUUCUAUUCUUAAAUUCAAACCUGAUUCUUUAAUCUCCUAUAAGUGUUUCUAUCUUUCAGAUGACUCUACUCCAGUAUUAAAAGAUAAAGGAUUAUUUGAGUUCUACCACAUUGACUAUUCCAAACUUAAGGAAAGAGAAUUCAAAUUUGCUUGGGUCGCUGAUUAUGAUAUAAAUCCUAAUACUAAAUAUGGCAACAGACAAUUUGGUAAAGACAAUAUGUACAUCAUGGAUAAAUAUAUCAAAUAAGAGAGAAAGAACUUUGUUGGUAUUAUAGCUGGUGGAGAUUAUGCCUACGAUCUUAAUGAUGACAGUGGCUAAAGAGGAGUAAACUUCUUAAAAGCUGCAGAAUUUUCCUAUGCAACCAUUCCUUAUGUGACUAUUGCUGGUAAUCACGAAGAAUGGUAUAAUUAUAGCUAUUACAAAUCUUUCUUUAGAAAUCCUAGAUCAUCUAUUUCUGAAAGUGACUACUAUACCUUAAGCAUAGGUGAUUUAUUGCUUGUAGGAAUGAAUACAAACAAAUAUAUUAAAGACCCAAAAACCAAUCAAAAUAUUGGAAUUGAUAAGUAAUGGUUAUAGUAACUUCUUAAAUGGUUUGAUGAUACCAUGACUGAAAUGAAAGGCAAGUAUAGAUGGUCUAUUGUUUAUUCUCACUAAAAUAUCUACUGCUUCGAAGAUUUUGCUACCAGUGCUUGUUAUUCAAACCCUGAAAUAUUUUCUGAUUUAGAAGAUCUUUUAAAUAAACACAAAGUUGAUAUUUAUCUUGCUGGACAUGUUCAUGCUUAUGAAAGAAUUUAACCUAAUUAUAAAGGAUAACCAAAAUUCAAAUAAACAGAAUAGUGCAAAAUGAAAAGUUGCUCUUUGUAUGAAUCACCUGAAGCUCCAGUUUAUGUAGUUGAUGGUUCAGGUGGUACCUACCAUUACUUCCCUAAGGAUUCAGGAUAUCCUGGAGGAUAGCUUACAGUUACAAGCGAUAGAACUUUAGGAUUUAGUACAGUAACUGUUAAAAAUUCUACUCAUUUAGUUUUUGAGCAUAUUCUUUCAGAUUCUUUGGAAGUCUUUGAUUCCUUCACAAUCUACAAACCAUUAGUAAACGAAGCAGUUAUCGAAGAUAAUAAAUAAAAUACUUAAUACAUUAAAGAAAACGAAAACGAAGAUGAACAUAAAAAGAUGUACAUAAUUUUCUUUGUGAUUUUAGGUUUUAUUGCUGCUUGCAAUCUAGUUGCAUUUUUAUGGUUUAAAAUUAAGUUAGAAAACAAAAUUCGUUAAAAAGUAUAAAUUAGAUAAAGCGAUACUGAAAAAAUGGCUGUCAUUUCAACUAACUAAUUCUGA